UCUUAUGGGUUUUUUGACCUGAAACUUUACAGACACAUUUUGGAGGCACAAAAGACUUUUCUUGAAAUCUUGAAAAGGUGGCAAAAUAGGUGCCCUUUAAGACUAUUUUGGUAAACAACAUUUCAUCCUUGAAUAGCUUAUAUUUUGCAUUGUCUAUGCAACAAGAUACGAACAAAAACUACAAAUAAACGACAGAAGGGCAAAAGUUGAAUUUAACGUAGAGCUAAUUUCACAUUGUCGUUUUUAUUCCCGACACUCCUAUCGCUUUCAUUUACGAUUUAAAUGCGCCGUGGUAGUGAAUCUCCUUGAGUGUGUGUCUGUGGAGCCGCCAAUAGUGUAAACCGGAGAAGUGUGUGAGGUUUGUCAGGGGAGGGCGAGAGGAUGGCGAGAGGCGGAACAAACCGGUGUGUGUGCCCGGAUACACGCUGAAACGGCUCGCCCGCACUGCAGAUUAACCCUUCAGACGCCGGGGAUGCUCAACACUAAAGCACAAGUCCCUGCAUCCGCGUCCCUUUGUGUGUUUGUGGAUCUGUUUGGUCGUGUUGUAUGUUGUGAGGAGAUUUUCCCUCUGAUGUUGAAACACAACACCGGCUCUCUGCGAUCCUUGGUGUAAUCGAGUAAUCUGACAGGCAGAGAUAUAGCCUGAUGAUCCAGUGAUGGACAGCUCCUCGACUGAGGUCCGUCAACGUACUUGGCAAGCUAACGGGACAAACUGAUUGCAGCAAGAAUAUCGCCCAUACGGAGGUUUUUUGCAAAAGUGAAUUAUUUAAGACAACAAUUUAAGCAACAACAACAAUUCAUCUUUCUACCUCUGACAAGAUCAGCCAUCAACUCCGUUUGACCACAAAUCUCUCUGAAGAUCUCUUACAUUUAGCCCAUUAUAUUGCUGCAGGGACAAACCCUCAGCCAAUCCAGUGGCUGACGGGUUUGGGGGAGGAGGAGCUUGAAGUGUCAUCAGGAGAGUUGUGAAGUUGGUGGCGAGCAGCAGGCUGCUGGGGCCCGAAUGCAGAAUAUCCUCGAGCAGAACUUGGACAUGGCCACGGCUCUGCUUGCGGGUGAGAAGCUGAAGGAGUUGAUCAUGCCAGGAUCCACACAGGAUGAGAAAGGCGGGGUACUCGCGGGUCUCAUGGUGCAACUCAAACUAGAGCUGCCCUUUGACCGGGUCGUCACCAUUGGGACUGUCAUCAUCCCCAUACUGCUGGUCACAUUAGUUUUCACGCGGAACUUUGCAGAGGAAUCUAUAUAUUGUUACACCCCACACAACUUUACACGAGACCAGGCCCUUUAUGCCAGAGGCUACUGCUGGACAGAGCUGCGGGAUGCAGUGCCUGGAGUCGACCCUGAACUUCGUCCGUCAUUGUUCGAGCACAAGUUUCUACCCUAUGCUCUGCUGGCCUUCGCAGGCAUCAUGUACAUACCUGCUCUGGGAUGGGAGUUCAUGGCCUCCACUCGCCUCACCUCUGAGCUAAACUUUCUCCUUCAAGAGAUCGACAACUGCUACCACAGGGCGGCAGAGGGCAGGGCGCCCAAGAUCGAGAAGCAAAUCCAAUCCAAAGGGCCUGGAAUUACCGAGCGCGAGCGACGGGAGAUCAUUGAAAAUGCUGAGAAGGAGAAAAGUCCCGAGCAGAACCUGUUUGAGAAGUAUCUUGAGCGCCGAGGGCAGAGUAACUUUCUUGCUAAGCUAUACCUGGCGAGACAUUUAGCCAUUAUCUGCCUCAGCUCAAUACCUAUAACAUACCUGAGCGCCUACUAUGCCCGUCAGAGGCAGAAUGAGUUUACUUGUGCACUUGGCGGGCCGCCAGACACAAGUAGCAUUCCUGAACUGAGGCUGAAUGUGAACUGUAAGCUACCAGCCGUGCAACUCCAGCGCAUCAUGGCCGCGGUGGACAUUGCUUUGCUGUGCACCAUGAACCUCAUUAUCCUUUUGAACUUGCUGCAUUUGUUUGUAGUGCGCAAGUCCAAUUUUGUCUUUGACAAGCUACACAAAGUCGGCAUUAAAACACGCCGGCGCUGGCAGAAGUCACCGUUUUGUGACAUUAACAUUCUGGCCAUGUUCUGUAAUGAGAAUCGAGACCACAUUAAGUCUCUCAACAGACUGGAUUUUAUCACCAACGAGAGCGACCUCAUGUAUGAUAAUGUGGUGCGGCAGCUGCUGGCAGCGUUGGCUCAAUCAAACCACGAUGCCACUCCAACCGUGAGAGACUCUGGUAUCCAGACUAUUGACCCUAGUAUGGACCCUUCAGUGCUCGGUGUGGGAGAGCUGGGAGGAGAGCCCUCGGUAAUCAAAAGACCUCGCAAAAAGAUGAAGUGGAUCCCCACAUCUAACCCUUUGCCGCAGUCUUUUAAAGAACCCUUGACUCUAACAAGACUGGAAAAUAGCAUAAAGGCAGAGAAACCUAAACCAGUCCGAAGGAAGAAUGUAGCAGAUAGCAUUAUUGCUCCACUUCUGGACAGCAAGAGCACACAGUAUCCUCCUACUAGCAAAGAUACAUAUAAUACACAAAAGAAGCACUCUCUUAACCUCUCGCUGGAUGUUCAUCCCUACAUGCUGACUAUCCAGAAAGCUGAAACAGUCAACCCUGAGCCUCCCCCCGUGGAGCACUCUAUCAGUAGUGUGUAUAUUGAGGGCCCACAUACAGUUGUCCAUGUCUCAUCUACUCUUACUGAAAAGAAAGAGUCUCCUCCACUGUCCACCACCACUGCCUUCUCCACAGCCACUCUCCCUACAAACUCAUAUUUGAAUGGUGGGACGGCCAGCAUGCCUCCUCCUCUAGACUCCCCAAAAGUCAUAGGUCCUCUCAACCAGGAGACAGAGCCUGAGAGCCAGCCUGUGCCAUUUAGUCGAAACCCCUCACUCCCGCUGCUGAGCAUUCAUCAUACCUUAUAUGAAAAGGAUGAGGACGAUCAAAACAGAAGACUAGCCAGACCGGGCGAGCUGAUUGCUGCUGGAGAGUGUUAAAGGAAAAUGCAGAAACAGGCCUGCAUGCACACAAACACACAACAAUGCAAAAGCACUUAGAGCAUCAACUGAAGCACAAAGGAAUAUGCUGGUUUUUAGGAUCAUAUCUAUAUAGUUUGAUGUUAUGGGUAGAUCUCAGAUUAUUCCAUUUCUAAGAAUUGGGGAAGGCGAUGCUUAGCAUUAAAAAAUUCUUAAAGGUGCACUUUAUUUAGGUUCAAAUGAUCAAAUUAUUUUUAUUUUUAAUUGAAUAGUGUGAUAUAUGACAGUGUUAGAUUUAAUGUAUGCAGAUUUUGGUUACUGAUAUGACUCUUGAACUAUAUAUUGAAACUAGUUUCUGCCAUUAGAAAUAAAUCUUAUUCUUUUUCCGGUCACUUUAUUAGGUACACCUGUCCAACUGCUCGUUAACACAAAUUUCU